AUGUGCACGGAGGAAAGAAAGACGGGGAUACAGAAGGAGAAAGUCAAGAAAGGAAGGUUGAGGAUGGCCUAUGCAAUGGAAGAAGUUAGCCGCUGGCCGGUGCUUGGCUACCUACUUUUGCACGGCUUGGUCCUGGGUUUGCAGGACAACGGAAACGUCAUCACCAUCCACAAGGUCCACCAUCAGCCCCUCCGGGUCGGCCUGGCUGAGCCCGUGGCUCUGCCUUGCCUCUUCGUCCUGCAGCCGUCCACCGCCCUCGGCCCCAACGAGCCCCUGGACCCGCCACGUGUCAAGUGGAGCAAGGUGCGCUCGGCCGCCGGGCUCCCGGAGGACAUCUCCGUCCUGGUGGCCAGGGACAACGUGGUGAAGAUCGGCAAGGGCUACGAGGGGAGGAUCGCGCUGCCGGGGUACCCCCACCGCCGCGACAAUGCCACCCUCUUGCUCCUGGCCGCCCGAGCCAGUGACGCUGGGCUGUAUCGCUGCGAGGUCGUGGCCGGGAUCCACGACGAACAGGAUCUGGUGCCGCUGGAAGUCACAGGCGUGGUGUUCCACUACCGGGCCGCCAGCAACCGGUACGCGCUCACCUUCCCGGAGGCACAGAAAGCCUGUGAGGAAAACUCGGCUGUCGUUGCCUCUCCGGCCCACCUCCAGGCGGCAUUUGAGGAUGGGUUUGACAACUGUGACGCAGGAUGGCUCUCCGACCACACGGUCAGGUAUCCCAUCACGCUUUCGAGGCCUGGCUGCUAUGGGGAUCGCAACAGCCUCCCAGGGGUCCGGAGCUAUGGCAAAAGGGAUCCCGAGGAAGCUUAUGAUGUCUACUGCUUCUCAAAAGAGCUCCGAGGAAAAGUAUUCUAUGCCUCCAGCCCGGGCCGGCUGACGUUUUCCAUGGCCCAGAAGUACUGCUUGAGUCGUGGGGCCCAGCUGGCCACGACGGGACAGCUGCACCUUGCCUGGAGGGAAGGGCUGGACCAGUGCGACCCGGGCUGGCUUGCCGAUGGAAGCGUACGAUACCCAAUCCAAAACCCUCGGAAGAAGUGUGGGGGAGAGGAGCCUGGGGUGAGGACUGCCUAUCAGUUUCCGAACCGAACAGGCUUCCCAGAUCCAGCGUCGAAGUUUGAUGCCUACUGCUACAAAGCCAAGAAAGAAGGUGGCGUGAUGUCAGGGGAAGGCCCUACCCGGGUGGUCCACGAGCCCACGGACCUGUUCCCAGAGGGAAGCCACGAUUCGGGGAUCGAGAACGUCUUGGUGGAGCACGAGUCUGAGCUGCCCUUGCUGACUCAGAAGGAGCACCUCCCCAAGGAGGCCGACGAGUCGGUCAUGUCGGGGGACUCCAAGGAGUUCUCCCGGGACCCGUACAGCCCCUUGCACAAGCCUUCCGUGCCACUGCUGGAAGAGGAUGAGCAACUCCAGCUGGUGACAGAAAUGUGGGCGGAGCAGACGGCCAUCCCCCAAGGGCCCCUUUCGGCCGGCGGAGAGAACGGCGCCUCUCCGGAAGCACCCAGCGUCUCCGUUCUCAGCACCCCAGAUGAGGAACUGAGGCUGCAGAUGGUUGACCAGAACCCCCCAGGGGAGCCAAAGGCUACAGGCGCUGCCAAAGUCAACAUCACCGAAGAGUUGCCCAUGGCUGGCCAGACGCUCGGCCUGCUCCCCCUUGCAGGGGACUUUGAAGAUGACCAGGGGAUCACCCAUGCUGUGACCUGGCCACCUGGGACCCCUCACCGUAGGUUGGGCCUCGAAGAGACCGUGCCACCCGCCCCCCCACAGCCUUCUCAGACCCCCAUCCCGAAGGGACAUCCUGCCACAAGCAGCUUAGUCCUUGACCUGACUCACCCUCCUUCCACCGUGCCCACCCCCCCGUUGGCUGGAACCCCCAGAUCGUCCCGCAAGAGCGUUUACAUGGGUUUGAACGGGCGCUAUUUCCAGCAGUGGAGAGAGGAAGAGCUGGGCGGAGGUGCAGAAGCGAUCCCAAGCCCAACCUCGCCAGUGGCCCUGCCUGCCUUGGCUUUGGCGGCGCACAAGAUGGCGGACAAUUCCAUCGAGGCCUCUGCUAGGAUGGAUCCGAGCCCCGCAUCUGCCCAGGGAGGCGGAGUGAGCUACACGCUCUCUAACGAAGUGGAAGGGAACCGCUGGCAGCCAAUGGAGGGUCGGAUUUCUGAUCGCCAUGGAAACUACUACUGUGGGUUGUCCGCACUUGAGCAUCGAGACCAGCAAGAGAUCAUGCUAACUCCUUCCCAGCCUUGGAAAGACACGACUGCUAAGCAAGCCAGCCCCAUCCGGCACAUCCCGUCCACACCGGACAGCCCGGAGAGGACCACCCCUGCCGAGCAUCCAGGGGCUUCCUUAUUUCCCACGAUGAACGGGCUGCCUCGGUCUCCCGGGGUUGCCGUGACAACAGCGGGAGGCCUAGAAGCCGCUCCCGGAGGGACUGAUGUCCGAGGUGACCAUCCCCAGACCACCGAGAGCGGGGAGGGCUUCUCGGGCAACGGGGACAUGACUCCGGCAGUCCUGCGGGAGCUUCGUGCCGACGAGGCCAGCGGGGAACCCGAAAGCCGCUUUCGGGAGAGCCAGGCUGAGGCUGUGAGCUUCGUGCAGGCCCCCCCAGGGCUUCGUCUGGAGGCCGAGCCCCACCUGCCAGAGGCCACUCCGCGACAGAGAGAGCGCCACGUUCUGCAUUUCACGGAGCAGGAGGGGGCGACAAGCAUCCGCGGUGUGGCUGAGGAAGACGCUGUCCCGGAACGGUGGGCUGAGCUGAGGGACCAUGGACCGGUCACCCUCGCCCCCAAGGAACUGCUGUCCUCGACAGUCGGUGCCUUGCACCCACAGGCAGCUCAGCUCCAGUCCGGAGAGGAUGACCCCCGGCUGCCAAUCGGUGGCAGGCACGGUGGCGGGGCAGGCCAUGGCACAGCCGGGCCCGAGGAAAAGCCAGAUGUGGCACCCACGGGCGAAUCCAUGCCAACCAAGCUCGGGGACCCCCUGGAGCCACAGGGCGUCUGGGAGGUGGCCACUCGGACUACAGAGGGCCACGGGGUCUCCCAGCGUCACCGUGGGGAGACCACACUCCCUGAAGCCAGCAGCACAGUGGGAGGUGGCCCCUGGGAAGACAGGGGCACACCUUGGCCCCCCACCUACAGCACAGCUGGUCCGGCAACCCCUCCGUGGCCGUUCCUGGCCAAGGCCAAGACAGAAGCGGAGCCGUGGAGGUGGCAGGAACAGGUCUCUCUUUCGCCCUCCCAGAGCACGUUGGAUUCAGCACACCUGCAGCCACAACCUGUCGAGUCUGGAAUCUGGCUUCCCAUGCCGAGCACCGGGCCCUCCUUCCCGCCCAGCGAGGGUGCCCAGCAGGAUGACAGAGGGCACCUCCCCACUGCUGCAAGGGGGCCUCUCCCCAUGGAGACCGACAGCGGGAGUGGAGAGGAGAAAGGAGAGGUGCUGGCAGUCGGAGGGGGCGAUGGCCUGGCAUGGAUGGAGGAAGCCAACGCCAGCUUGCUCGCUGAGGAGGACCCUUGUGAUAACGAUCCGUGCCUACAUGGAGGGACCUGUCAAUCCAAUGGGAGCAUUUCCAGCUGCAAUUGUCCACGAGGCUUCACAGGAGAGAACUGCGAAAUAGACAUUGAUGACUGCUUGUCCAGCCCCUGCCAGAACGGAGGAACCUGCAUAGAUGAGAUCAACACCUUCGUGUGUCUGUGCCUGCCCAGCUACGGCGGGAACUUGUGUGACCGAGAUACCGAGGGCUGUGAUCACAACUGGCACAAAUUCCAAGGCCACUGUUACCGCUACUUUGCACACCGGCGUGCCUGGGAAGAUGCUGAGCGGGAUUGCCGGCGCCGCUUGGGGCACCUGACCAGCAUCCAUUCCUGGGAAGAGCACAACUUCAUUAACAGCUUUGGGCAUGAGAACACAUGGAUUGGCCUCAACGACCGCAUUGUGGAGCAAGAUUUCCAGUGGACAGACAACACAGCGCUGCAAUAUGAGAACUGGCGAGAAAACCAGCCGGACAAUUUCUUUGCGGGCGGUGAGGACUGUGUGGUUUUGGUCUCGCACGAGACAGGGAAAUGGAAUGAUGUCCCGUGCAACUACAAUCUGCCGUAUGUCUGCAAAAAGGACACAGUGCUGUGCGGCCCGCCCCCCGUCGUGGAAAACGCCUACCCCAUCGGCAAGAAGAAGGGAAAGUACAGCGUCCACGCAACGGUCCGCUACCAGUGCGAGGAUGGCUACCUGCAGAGGCACCUGCCCACCAUCAAAUGCCACGUCAACGGGACGUGGGACAGGCCUCGGGUCCUGUGCACAAAAAACGGUCCCACAGAACCCGGCGGCACCGCCGCCACCAUCACCAGCACCACCAGCAUCACCGCCACAAAUCCCGCAAGGACCGGCGGAAACACCCGAAGCCGCACCCGAAGCUGGACUGGACGGAGGGCGACAGCAGCUACUUUUAACCACAGAGCCUGA